UUUCUUCAAAUCUACCUGAAACCCGCGUAGAAGAAGACUGUUAUCCUCACCAUGGCGGAAACAGAGCAGCAGUCAGGGUCCACUCUCGAGGAUGAAGCGCAUGAAGUCCCAGGCGGCGGCGUCGCCUUCAUGGUCCCCAAGAAAGAAAUCAGCAUGGUGCCCGACAUGAGCAAGUGGAGGAGAUCUCAGGCGUAUGCCGACUACAUGGGCUUCGUCCGGACUCUGAAUGAAGGUGUGAAGGGAAAGAGCUUCACGUGUGACUAUAACGUGUCAGAGACGGUGGAGAAGUUACUCGAUCUGUUGGAGACUCUGGACCGGUGGAUAGACGAGACUCCUCCUGCUGACCAGCCGUCACGCUUUGGGAACAGGGCCUACAGGACCUGGUACGCCAAACUGGAUCAGGAGGCUGAAGCUCUGGUGGCAGCGGUGCUCCCAGCUGACCGAUGUGCUGCAGCUCCAGAGAUCGCCGUCUACCUGAGGGAGUCCGUGGGGAACGCCACCAGGAUCGACUACGGCACCGGUCAUGAAGCUGCCUUCGCUGCGUUCCUCUGCUGCCUCUGCAAGGUCGGAGCUCUGCAGGCCGACGACCGGCUGGCGAUCGUCUUCAAGGUGUUUAACAGGUAUCUGGAGGUCAUGCGGAAGCUGCAGAAGACGUACCGGAUGGAGCCGGCGGGGAGCCAAGGCGUCUGGGGCCUCGACGACUUCCAGUUCCUGCCCUUCAUCUGGGGAAGCUCCCAGUUCGUAGAUCACCCGACGGUGGAGCCCCGGCACUUCAUCGAUGAGAGGGUGGUGAACGAGCACCACCAGGACUACAUGUUCCUGGAGUGCAUCAAGUUCAUAAACGAGAUGAAGACCGGUCCGUUUGCAGAACACUCCAACCAGCUGUGGAACAUCAGCGCCGUCGCUUCCUGGUCCAAAGUCAACCAGGGCCUGGUCCGGAUGUACAAGGCCGAGUGCAUGGAGAAGUUCCCGGUGAUCCAGCACUUUAAGUUCGGCAGUCUUCUCUCCAUCCAGCCGGUGAAGCCGUGACGCUCCGGAGACGCCGACAUCCCACCGUGUCCCUCCUCCUCCUCCUCUUCUUCUUCACGUGCUUCACCCCCCUCCCUGUGUAUCUGACACGGGGUCAUGAGGUCAUGAGCUCCAUCCGUAACUUCAGUGGAUGACUUUUGCGGUGCGGAGCAUCUUCCUCUGUCCUGUGUUCAUGUAUUUAUCUCCCGGCUCGAGGCUCCGGGGUUAUUUUAUUUUUGUAGACGUCUUUUUGUUCAGUUCCUCAAAGGCUCCUCCCACAAUUCAACCUCAGAGAUUUACUUUGUUUUUUUUGCUUUUUAAGGCCCGACAUGUUUAAACUGUAACGUACGAACAAACUGGACCCCGGUUCAUCCCAACAUGUAAGUCAUAUUAAUAAUUUGCUAAGAAAUAUCUGAGUUUGAGUCUUUUAUUUCUCAACUGAACGUCUUCAGAAGGAUUCAAAGCUUCUGUGGUUCAGCGGCUCGAUUUAAGUUAUUUAGGUUAAUAUAGUUUGUGCUUCUUGCUCAUGAUUCAGUUCGAGAACAUUAAUAAACCCUCCAACUUAUUAAAAUAGUUCAUUGUUAUAAAACGUAAGAACCCGUCUCUCUCUGAGGGCCUCCCUCACGGUCCAAUCAGAGCCUCUCGUGACGCUGAUGAACGCCACAAAUUCUCUCAAACAGUUGAUCGUUGAGCGCUGAAGAAGCGUCUCUGUGCGAGUGUUUGUUGUAAGUAUCGUGUCUCAGACGCGGUACCCAGCCGCUGUGAAGGGAAGCCUCCCACGAUGGAGACGCAGGUGGACGAUGAUGUCAUCGGGCGACGAUGCUGACUCUCCCCGCCACAAAGGGUCUUUGAUCGUGACGGUGCGUUGGAGGACGGCGAUGACAUCGUCUGUUGCGCAACACGCUGUGAAACUAGCUUCCUGCUCCCGACGUCCCCAAAACAACAACAACAUGGCGUCUCCUCACCAGAACUCGAUGUGUCCUUGAGCAAGGCACUGACAACCAAAUGUCUCCCGUAGCCGUUCUACUGUGAGAAUGUCACACACAGAAAAAAUAAUGGUUCUGAAAUGGUUCUUUAAGAGGCUUUGUGGUUCUACGAAAAACCAUCACCUACUGGAGAACCAUGUUUUCAUUUGAGACACCUUUAUAGGUUCUUGAAGAACUCUUUAAGGAAAUGGUUCUUUAGAGAACCCUGGUUUGAAGGUUCUUUGAGGUACCAUUAAAAAGUGCCUUAAAUAACCCUGUGGUGAAGGUUCUUUGAGGUACCAUAAAUGGUGCCUUAAAGAACCAUUUCUUGAAGGUUCUUUGAGGAACCAUAAAUGGUGCCUUAAAGAACCAUUCCUUAAAGGUUCUUUGAGGAACCAUAAAUGGUGCCUUAAAGAACCAUUCCUUAAAGGUUCUUUGAGGAACCUUUUUAUUGACUCAUUCAUUGACACAAUCUUUACAAACCGAGCUUAAUGUUUCAUGUUUACCGGGGUUCCCUCGGUGAGCCUCGCGCUGCAGUGUGGGAGCAGGCGGCGCUGCUGGCGGGUUGGGGGUUCGACUCCGAGGGAAGAGUCCGUUGGGCUCGGAGGAGGAAUGUGUGGAAUGGAGCAGCUGCUGCCGCGGACCCGUUCCCACAUGUCGGGCCGAGACGCCGAGUCUAGGAACCGGGAGGCAGCUGCUGGAGAAGUGGAGAGUAAAUACAAAAUAAAUAAUACUUGUACUUUA